UUCAAAGAGAACUAAAAAAGCAAGGCGAAAGCACGAAUGUAGUCGAGAGUCAACAAAAAACGAAUACAAAAUCUACAAAGCCGCAGUUCAGAGCAACUGCCAUGGCAAACGAAGAGGCAGCGUGCGAAAGGUCGACGGUAAACAUAGUAUUUCGAUUUACUGACGAGCGUCAUCUUAAGUUCGUGGAGGCCUUUAGUUGCGAACCCUGUUUGUGGAACCGGCAUCCGUACUUGUGGGGAGCUCGUGUUGCUGCCUGCAAGCGGAUUCAAAAUGUUAUGAACGAGACAUUGCUACGCAAUGAAACUCCAAUUAGUUUGCAGGGUAUUAAGAUGAAGAUCAAGAACAUACGUUCUGUGUAUCAUCAGGAGCUAAAGAAGAUGAGAAUAAACCCUUUUUAUUAUCCCAAAAGUUGUUGGUUUGAGCCAUUGCACAAAAUCUUAGCACCAUUUCUGGAUAAGAGAGCUGAUGGUGAUGUGCCCUUGGAUUCUCCCGUCCCUAUUCAUAAUGAGAAAACUGAUGAUAAUCAACACUUGAUUUCCGCCAUACCCCUAAAACGACUUCAGGUUGAGGAACCAGAAGCAAUUGGGGAAGAGAAAGAUGAUGAUGAACGGGAGUUUAGUUCCCCCAUAACACUAAAACGACUUCAGGUUAAAGUUCCUCGCUUAAAGUCAAUCAGGUUUAUGCCGAAUAAAGACGAGGAAAGCACUGAAAUCAAGAUCGAACUUAAUGCUGAUCCAUUGGAGUUUGCCUCAUUUAGUUCUGGUCAACCACUACGUAUGAUGACACCUCCAUUACGAAGUCCUCCAAGCCCACCUCAAAUUGUGAAUGUCUCCCCGCUGCAAUCAGAGCAAAGAGAGCCUUUGCAGAUUGAGGGUAAGGAUGAGUUUACGUUUUUCGGAAUGAGUGUUGCCGCCCAAUUACGCAGAAUGCCUCUAUCGAAUGCAAUGAUCAUGCAAUCAAAGAUUCAGUAUAUGAUAUCAAUAGAACGUCGUAAGCUCGACGGCGAUGCGAUUGAAGAAAACUUUUUAUUUUAAAAGAGUAACUCAACUAAAUAUUUAAUUCUUAAUAUAAAAAUCCAUAAUUUUAUAUAUGCAACACACAAUCAUAUGUUUGUAAAAAAGGAAAGCAAAAAUAAAACUUUAAAAAGCAAAAUAAAUCGAAGCAGAGUCGAAACGUAAGCGGAGAGAUGAGCCAUGAAGGCGCACUUCGCGUCACGUUACAUUUGCCCUUAUGAA